CUGAUGUAAAACCUACCAUUAAGGACUAUGGAGGUGUUGCAGUGUGAUGGCUGUGAUUUUCGAGCGCCAUCCUACGAAGAUCUGAAAGCUCACAUCCAGGAUGUCCAUACCGCGUUUCUGCAGCCCACAGAUGUUUCUGAGGAAACCCCGAGCCAGUCAAGGUUUAGUUCUAUGAAUAGCAGUGACCAGGCUGAAGUGGAAUAUUCUUCUGUAAAAGAUGAAUUUGCAAUUGCAGACGAGAUGGCAGGACAAAAUGCUGCUCAGCUGGGGACUGGAAAUUACUAUAGCCAUAGCCAGAGUUAUUAUGGCCAACAUAUGCUCUCUAAACCAGCAAACAAGUUUUUCCAGUGCAAAUUCUGUGUGCGUUACUUCAGAUCCAAAAUCCUCCUCAUAGAACAUACACGGAAAGUGCAUGGAGCUCAGGCUGGAGGAGGAUCCCCAACUGGAUCACCUGGUGCUGGAUCCUUAAAUUACAACAUCAUGAUGCACGAGGGCUUUGGUAAGGUUUUUUCUUGCCAGUUCUGCACCUACAAAUCUCCAAGGCGCGCAAGGAUUAUUAAGCACCAGAAGAUGUACCACAAAAACAGCCUGAAAGAGAGCUCUGCUCCCCCUGCUGCUGCAGCUGUUAUAUCUGAAUCAGCAUCUACAUCUGUGCCAGUGCAGGACUCUUGCAAGGAACUUCCAGCUGAGGUUGUAGAACGCAGCAUCUUGGAGUCUAUGGUCAAGCCCUUAACCAAGUCACGGGGCAACUUCUGUUGUGAGUGGUGUAGCUAUCAGACACCUCGAAGGGAACGCUGGUGUGACCAUAUGAUGAAGAAGCAUCGCAGCAUGGUCAAAAUAUUGUCCAGCCUAAGGCAGCAACAGGAUGGGACCAGUAUGCAAGACAUAUCGAGCAAGGGUCCACCAAGCCCCACCCAAAAUUCCAACUAUAUACCUAUGAAUGCCUCUGGACGGGAGAUGCCGAACGCAAACGUCUCAGACUUCAGGGGCACUAUGAAUAAUUCUCUUGUCAGGUCCAACUCUUCUACUUCGUCAAAGUUUUCUUCUGUUUCUUAUCCUCAUUUGAAACAUAAGGCACCUCACAACUCGGGCAUUGUUAGUAUGUCUGACAGAUCCCGUUAUGGGAUUGCUGACAUGGCAAAUUCUUCUGCUGACAUGGACACGAACAGUAUGCUAAAUGACUCGAGUUCUGAUGAUGAGCUGAAUGAACUAGACAGCGAGAAUGGGUUAAAUUCCAUGGAUCACCAGGCUGCUGGACUAACUGCAGAGCAACUCAUGGGAUCCGAGGGCCACAAAUUAUUGGAAACAAAAGGGAUCCCAUUUAGGAGGUUUAUGAACAGAUUCCAGUGUCCUUUCUGUCCUUUCCUCACCAUGCAUCGGCGGAGCAUUUCUCGCCAUAUUGAAAACAUCCAUCUCUCUGGAAAGACAGCAGUAUACAAAUGCGACGAAUGUCCUUUUACUUGUAAGAGCUCCUUCAAACUUGGAGCUCAUAAACAGUGUCAUACAGGGGCAGCGUCAGACUGGGAUGCAGUAAAUUCCCAAACUGAGAGCAUUGCAUCGUCAUUGAAUGAAAGCACAGUAUCCUAUGAAGGAGGCAAUAUAAAUGGCAGGAAGUCUGGGGGAAUGAUGGAUUCCAUGCAGCAACAGCAGCAGUCCCCACAAUCUAACUCACAACAUCCAUAUAAAUGUACCAUGUGCAAUUAUUCCACAACUACUUUGAAAGGUCUUCGGGUUCAUCAGCAACACAAGCAUUCGUUUUGUGACAAUUUGCCAAAAUACGAGGGGCCAUCGUCAAACACACCACAUGAAAGUGAGCCCGAGACUCAUGCCUCUCCCAGCACUGUGAAGAAAAGCCAGACCUCAAUUCUUGGACUGUCUUCUAAAAACAAUUUUGUAGCUAAAUCUUCUAGAAAGAUGUCCAAUGACUUUCCUCUAGAUCUGUCACCAGUGAAGAAGAGAACAAGGAUUGAUGAGAUAGCUAGUAAUUUGCAAAGCAAAAUCAAUCAAAACAAGCAACAAGAAGAUGCAGUGAUUAAUGUAGAGGAUGAUGAGGAAGAAGAGGAAGACAAUGAAGUAGAGAUAGAGGUAGAAUUGGACAAGGAAGAAGAACAAGCAGAGCAGUUGAUGGAAAUUGCAUCAUUCACUUCCCAACAAAUGUGGGGAAGAGAUGCUGCUGAAUCUCAGAAGGAAUCCAGAUACAGAAACAUCCCACAUGAUUACAACUCAACAAAUGGUGCCGAAAUUGAGUUAACUAUAUCUGAGGAUGAGGAGGACUACUAUUGUUCUUCCAUUGGCUUGAAGGACCAAGGUCUGAAUUCAUCCGUUUUGGGCAGCCAGUCGAGUAUGUAUGGAUCUGAUCAAAACAAUGACAAUUCUGACUACGGUGAUUCAGGAAGGCUUUACUAUUGUAAACACUGUGACUUCAGCAACAAAUCUGCCAGAAGUGUUAGCACUCAUUACCAACGGAUGCAUCCAUACAUUAAAUUUAGCUUUAGGUAUAUCCUAGAUCCCAAUGAUCACAGUGCAGUGUACAGAUGUCUUGAAUGUUACAUUGAUUACACAAACUUUGAAGACUUGCAGCAGCAUUAUGGCGAGCAUCACCCUGAAGCUAUGAAUGUACUAAACUUUGACCACUCUGAUUUGAUCUAUCGAUGUCGCUUCUGCUCAUACACCAGCCCGAAUGUUAGAAGCCUAAUGCCGCAUUACCAAAGAAUGCACCCAACAGUUAAAAUUAACAAUGCAAUGAUAUUCUCAAGUUAUGUGGUUGAGCAACAAGAAGGGUUAGGCCCAGAGUCGCAAACUUUGAGAGAGAUCUUAAAUUCUGCCCCUAAAAGUCUGGCCACUUCCACGCCAGUUGCGCGCGGGACUAGCAUGCCCGCUGCUUUUAACAAAAACUCUCCAAAAGGUAAUAGUCCUGAAUCUGACAGCCAGAAGGAGUCCACAGUAAAUAGUGUUGUGGUUUAUGAUUGUGACGUUUGUUCGUUUGCAAGUCCUAAUAUGCAUUCUGUCUUGGUACAUUACCAGAAAAAGCAUCCUGAAGAGAAGGCAUCAUAUUUCAGGAUUCAGAAGACGAUGCGGGUUGUAUCUGUCGAGAGGGGCUCAGCUCUGGCUCAGAUGGCGUAUGAACUGGGAUCACCCGUUUCCCCCAAAAUGUCCAACAUGCCUUCACAACUGCCACCUCCACCACCUCCAGACCUUACGACCGAGCUUUACUACUGCAAGCACUGUUCAUACAGCAAUCGGUCAGUGGUUGGAGUACUGGUGCAUUACCAGAAAAGGCAUCCAGAGAUAAAGGUUACUGCAAAAUACAUUAGGCAAGCACCUCCCACUGCAGCCAUGAUGAGAGCUGGGGAGAUGCCGCCUGGUAUUCAUAGGCCACCUGGAUCUAUGCAGCAGCUUAACAGGGGCAACACUGGGAGUUCUGUAGCUCCGUCGGAGAAUGAGAUGUUCUUUUGCCAGCACUGUGAUUAUGGAAACCGGACUGUGAAAGGUGUGCUCAUACAUUACCAAAAGAAGCAUCGUGAUUUCAAAGCCAAUGCGGAUGUGAUUAGGCAGCACACUGCCACAAUCAGAAGCCUUUGUGAUCGUGGCCAGAAAAAUUUACCUGGCGGCUUGCAGAUUCACACUUUGAACGCCGAACGAGAGAAAACGAAGCUGAGAGCUCUCAAAUGCAGGCAGUGUUCUUAUACCUCUCCCUAUUUCUAUGCGUUGCGGAAGCAUAUUAAAAAGGAUCACCCAAGCCUGAAAGCCACAGUCACUUCUAUUUUGCGAUGGGCGUUUUUGGACGGCUUAAUAGAAGUGGGAUAUCACUGUGAAUGGUGUAUCUAUUCUCAUGCUGAGCCCAGCGGCUUGCUUGUACAUUACCAAAGGCGGCAUCCUGAGCAUUAUGUUGAUUAUACGUACAUGGCAACGAAACUGUGGGCAGGGCCAGAUCCUUCCCCUCCAGCCUUACUGAUACCAUCAGAGAUGAAAGCAUAUAAAUGCAGAGACUGCAUUUUUGAAGCAUCUUCCAUUUGGGAUAUUACUAAUCACUACCAAGCUUUUCAUCCUUGGGCUAUGAAUGGGGAUGAAUCAGUGUUGCUAGAUAUCAUAAAGGAGAAGGAUGCUGCUGAGAAAGCCAACCCAGCUCCCAAUGAUACUGGAGCCCGGAUAAAUUUGGAAGACCCGACAGCAGCAUCAGCACCACGGAUGGAUCAGGAUACAGAGUACGCAGAGGAUGCAAACCUUCCCCAAGACAAAGCUAUCCAGCUCAGCUCUGUGAACCCUGCAAUAUCUUCAACCCCCUACCAAUGCACAGUGUGCCAGUCGGAGUACAACAAUUUGCAUGGCCUUCUGACCCAUUAUGGCAAAAAGCAUCCUGGGAUGAAAGUGAAAGCUGCAGAUUUUGCACAGGACAUAGACAUCAACCCGGGAGCUGUGUACAAAUGUAGGCAUUGCCCAUACAUUAAUACACGCAUCCAUGGUGUUCUUACACACUACCAGAAACGACACCCUUCAGUAAAGGUCACUGCAGAAGAUUUUGUGCAUGAUGUGGAACAACCUGCUGACAUGACCCAGAACGAUGUGGAAGAGACCAGCAGAAUUUUCAAGCAAGGCUAUGGUGCUUACAGGUGUAAAUUGUGCCCUUACACACAUGGUACUUUAGAGAAACUCAAAAUUCAUUAUGAAAAAUACCAUAACCAGCCUGAGUUCGAUGUGUUUGCACAGUCUCCUCCUAAGCUACCUGCCUCUGUGGAACCUGAAGUAGUCACUGAAAUUAAGCCUUCUCCAGAAAUUGUCCCUGAGGAAAUUAUUGGAGAUGAUUCAGUGCCACCGUCUCACUUUUCAAGUUCCCACUUGGUUUCUCACACUGUGUUCCGAUGCCAGCUCUGUAAGUAUUUCUGCUCCACCAGGAAAGGGAUAGCGAGGCACUACCGAAUCAAACACAACAAUGUCCGGGCACAGCCAGAAGGCAAGAACAACCUCUUCAAAUGUGCUUUGUGUUCCUACACAAACCCUAUCCGUAAAGGUUUGGCUGCGCAUUACCAGAAGCGCCAUGACAUCGAUGCUUACUACACUCACUGCUUGGCAGCCUCAAGGACCGUAAGUGACAAACCCAACAAAGUGAUCAUUCCCUCGCCCCCGAAAGAAGAUUCCCCUCAAUUAAGUGAGGAGCUGAGGAGGGCAGUGGAGAAGAAGAAAUGCUCCCUUUGCUCCUUCCAGUCUUUCAGCAAAAAAGGAAUCGUGUCCCACUAUAUGAAACGGCACCCUGGCGUCUUCCCUAAGAAACAGCACGCGAGCAAGUUGGGGGGUUAUUUCACGGCCGUCUACGCCGACGAGUAUGAGAAACCGCCUGCCCCAGAAGAGGAGAGGAACGAUUUUGAGAAACCCGAAGUCGAAGCCGAGGGUCAGGAAAUGGAGUGGCUCCCUUUCCGAUGCAUCAAGUGUUUCAAACUCUCCUUCAGCACAGCCGAGCUGCUGUGCAUGCAUUACACGGAGCACCACAGCAAGGACUUGAAAAGAGACUUUAGCAUACUGGGAAGUGGGGCCCGCUUCCAGAACCCCACUUUCCAGUGCAAGCACUGUGACAGCAAGCUGCAUAGCACGGCGGAGCUGACCGCACACUUGAACAGUCACAAUGAAGAAUUCCAGAAGCGUGCCAAACGUCAAGAGAGGAGAAAGCAGCUUCUGAGCAAGCAAAAAUAUACAGAUGGUGCAUUGGUAGAUUUCAAACAAGAGAGGCCUUUUGGUAACUUGGAAGAAGUUUCAAAGCUGAAAGAGAGAAAAGUUGUAGGUUACAAAUGUAAAUUUUGUGUGGAGGUUCAUCCAACUCUUCGAGCCAUCUGCAACCAUCUCCGUAAGCACGUUCAGUACGGGAAUGGCUCCGCGGUGUCUGCUGCAGUCAAGCAGGAAGCUGAAGAUCCUUCACAUGCAGCUUUCUUGGAGGGUAUUGAGGGAGCCAAAGACCCGGGCAGUGUUGCCACUGUGGAACUUGCGGAAGCUGACUCUGGACCAUCACUGGAAGAUGAAACCAGACCUGGUGGCUACCACUGCAGCCAGUGUGACCGGGUUUUGAUGUCUAUGCAGGGUCUACGAUCGCAUGAGAGGAGUCACUUGGCACUGGCCAUGUUUACUCGUGAAGACAAGUACAGCUGCCAGUAUUGUUCCUUUGUCUCUGCUUUCAGGCACAAUUUGGAUCGCCAUAUGCAGGCUCACCACGGACAUCACAAGCCCUUCCGCUGCAAGCUCUGCCCUUUCAAGUCCUCCUAUAACAGCCGGCUGAAAACUCACCUCCUCAAAGCACAUGCUGGUGAACAUGCCUACAAAUGCUCCUCCUGCUCAUUUUCCACCAUGACAAUCAGCCAGCUGAAAGAGCACUCCCUGAAAGUGCAUGGGAAGGCACUGACACUACCAAGACCACGCAUUGUCAGCCUUGUAACCUCGCAUGCUCAACAUGCCUCCAAGAACCACACUACUGCUGAAGAGGUGGAAGACUCUAAUGAUUCUUCCUAUUCAGAGCCUCCAGAUGUCCAACAGCAACUGAACCACUAUCAGUCGGCAGCUCUGGCCAGGAGCAAUAACAACAUUAGCCCCGUCCCGCUUUCCGGAGCAGACCAGAAAGCUGAAGCUAUCCUUAACUGUGAAUUUUGUGAAUUCUCCUCGGGUUAUAUUCAGAGUAUUCGGCGUCAUUACCGUGACAAACAUGGAGGGAAGAAGCUUUUUAAGUGCAAAGAUUGUUCUUUCUUUACAGGCUUUAAAUCUGCUUUCACUAUGCACGUUGAAGCUGGGCAUUCAGCAGUUCCUGAGGAAGGACCCAAAGAUCUACGCUGUCCUCUGUGUCUGUACCACACCAAAUAUAAACGGAACAUGAUAGACCAUAUCGUCCUUCAUAGAGAAGAACGAGUGGUUCCCAUAGAAGUGUGCCGUUCCAAGCUGUCCAAAUAUUUGCAGGGAAUUGUUUUCCGCUGUGACAAGUGUACCUUCACCUGUUCCAGUGACGAGAGCUUACAGCAGCACAUAGAGAAGCACAAUGAGCUAAGACCUUACAAAUGCCAACUCUGCUAUUACGAGACCAAGCACACGGAGGAGCUGGAUGCUCAUCUUCGAGAUGAGCAUAAGGUGAGUCGCAACUUUGAGCUGGUUGGACGGGUUAACUUAGAUCAGUUGGAACAAAUGAAGGAAAAAGAGGAGAGUUCCACCAGCGAUGAGGAAGAAAAAGAAGAGGAGAUGAGUCCCAAGGCAGAAGAAAGAGAGUCCAUGAGAUUCUCAGAGAAUGGACCUCCGGAAAAACGGUUCCCAUGUGAAUUUUGUGGUCGAUCAUUUGCAGAAGGCUCUGAAUGGGAGAGGCACGUACUGAGGCACGGCAUGGCCUUGAAUGAAACCAAGCGAAUGAUUGCUGAAGAUGGCCAGCCGAAAGAAGGCGUGGAGGAUAACGUUAAGGUACCAUUGGCAGAAGAGAUGGAGAGCAGCACGAAAAUAGUGGUGGACUUUUCCCACAAGAACGAAACUGCCGUCUGUAUUGUUGCUGCUGCUGAUAAAUCACUCCAAGAGAAUGCAGAGGCCAAAAGUGAAUGAACACCUGGUGUGAUUUCAAACAACCUACUUGAACAGUGAUCGAUGGGAGAGGGUAGGGAGGGGGACAAGGAAGAAUCAAAGCUGCUUUUAGGACUGAAUGAUCUAUUUUCAAAGCACUGGUACCUGUGUGUGUGUGCGCGUGCGUGUGUGUGUGUGUACAUAUAUUAAAUUUAUUUAAGUGAGGGCGAUGAAAUAUGUGACUCCUUUACAUCGCUGCGGCUGUUCUGGAUUUUGACAAUGGGAAGUUACAUUCAUUUGGACUUGAGAAGCAAACUCCCCAACGUUCCUCGCGUUAACGCCAACGUGCUUUGCCAUGGAGACUUCGGAUUGUUUCAAGAAUGGAAGUGUCAUGAGGAUGGAAGAGUGCGGUGGGGGACAACUUUCAGCGCCCAAGUUUGGGCGCUUUUUUUUCUAGUUUUAAUAUACAUAUUACGCUUUUUCCAGACUGAAUGACUGACCAACGCUUUAGAAAAAGAAGAAAAACAAAACAAAAUAAAAACUGCUUUUUGCUUAAAACAGUCACCUGUUUCCUAGUACCUCAGAAUUAACCAAGGGAAAUUAAAAAAAAUACAAAUCUCUGCAUUUGUCAGUACUACCUGUUGUCAUUGUGGUUAAAUGUAGAGAGAGAGAGCGUGCGAGAGAGAGAGAGAGAGAGACUGACUGCUGGGCCAGAUAGUGAAUGGAAGAAAAAUUUAAAAACCACAAAGUUUUAAAAGAAAGGAAAACAAAAUUGUGCUCAAAAUCCCUGUGGGGGUUUUAUUUCUUAAAAUACUGUGAUUUUUUUAAUUAUUUUAGUAAAAAAAAAUUACAAAAAAGAGAGAGAAUUCCUAGAUACCUGUCUGUGACUUGUCAUCUUUUAUUCCAGGUAAGCUAUUUGUUAGCAUUGGCUAUGAUUUUAGGGUUACUUUUCUAAUAGAUUCAUGUGACUGACUCUGUGCCGUUUUUGUUUGGCCCCAUGUCUCCGUUCACUCAGCCUGAGGGAUUACAAAUACAGCACAAUUAAGUU